AUGGCGAUAGGCACGGCGCAAUGUGUGACCGUUGAGUGCGUAGUAGGCGUACAUGUAUACUCACUCUUUUACUACACCGCCACAUCCCAACUGGGCCAGAUUGUUGAGGAAGGCCAGAGGCCAGCAAUCUUGAGCCAAUUCUCGACGCACCUGCUGGAUGCUAAACCAUCGGCUCUUCCGCUCGAUCAUAUUCCCUUACAUCAUGCCAUAUCUCUUGCCUCUACAACAUUACGCGUGUACCCAUACUACCUCGAUGAGAGCCAUAUACAUCAUAUCGAGUACUAUACUACCAUUGAGGGAGGAGGGGGGGAAGAGAUGCGGCUACCCGGUGGUGCAGCUGGUGGAAGGAUCUAUAGCGAUGAGACUGGGGUAUAG